AAUUUGGAAGCGCAUGCGGUUGUCGGUGCUCUCGGUUCUCGAUCCUCCAUUACCGGUGGCUCCGAGUGCCAUAAAGUCCCCUCGAGUUUUUCCGGGAUUAGCAUUUCAAUUAAUUGCAUUUUCUAAUACGUCUUCCCAAUUCUAUAUUUUUCCUUAAAUAAGAUUAACGAAAAAUUAAACACCAAGUGAAUACUUUAGCUGCCUAAGAGUAUGCAACAGUUUUGAGUGUCUCUCAGUGAUUUAUUCAAACAAAUUAAAGAUCUAAAUAAUGCAUGAUCCCAGCGAUUACGAUUCUGUUUAUAGCGAUGAGGACUUACUGGACACCGUUCGAGGAGCCGAAACUCCUCCCCUAAUGGACUACGAAGAAUUUCGGGUUAAAACAAUGGAUGAACGACAGCACAUACAGAAGAAAACAUUCACGAAAUGGAUCAAUUCACAUCUCAUCGAUACCCAGUGCACACCAGUGAAGGAUUUGUUUUUGGACCUGCGGGACGGACAUCGAUUGUUGGCCCUGCUCAGCACUCUAACACAAACACAACUGAAACCCGAAAAGGGUCGCAUGCGAGUGCACCAUAUCAACAAUCUGAACAAGGUGAUCACUGUGAUCCAGCAGCAUGGUGUUAAGUUGGUGAACAUCUCCAGUGAUGACAUAGUGGGUGGCAAUGCCAAGCUGACCCUUGGCCUCAUCUGGCUAAUAGCGCUGGAGUUCAAUGGGCAGCAUCUAGUCAAGAGUCAUUCGAGCAACGGGGUGGAGAAAUCCCUGUUGGCUUGGGCCCGCCAAUAUACGGAACCGCAUGGCCUGCAACUCAGUGAUUUCUCCAAUUCGUGGUCCGAUGGACGAGCCUUCCUCAUGAUCCUGGAUGCGCACGUUGAGGAGCUGAAUCUGCAGGCAGCUCUGCAGCAACAUGCACUGCAAAGACUACACUUGGCCUUCGAUUUGGCACACCGACAUUUCAAAAUUGAGAAACUGUUGGAUGCCGAGGAUGUGCAUACCCACAAGCCUGACAACAAAUCGAUACAGAUGUAUGUGAUGUGUCUUUACCAUGCCAUGGAAUCCAUGAGGACAAGGGAGCAGGAUCAGGAACAGGAACACGAACAGGAUCAGGAUCCGGGGCGAGUGCCCUGCACCAGCAUUACCGACUUGGAUGAGGUGCCACUGGACAGUGAUCGUGCCAGUUUGGGGCUUUACACUUCAGAUAGUGCUGGCAGCAUGGAGCAAAGAUCUUCGGCAGAACUGAAAACUCACUGCCACUCCAUGCGCCCCUUGAGCACAGCCACCAAUGCCAGUGUGGAGAUCAGUGGCUAUCAGACAGCUCUCGAGGCCGUUCUCACCCUCCUACUGGAAGAUGAGCAGCUGCUCUCACAGGAUCUGCCCGAUCCCCAGGACUUCCAGACUGCCAAACUGCAGUUUCACGAAAACGAAAGCUUCAUGCUUAAACUAACCGAACAUCAGGAGUACGUGGGCGAGGCUCUGGAAGAGGGUAGCAACCUCAUCAACGAAUCCCAAAAGGCAGGAGCUGGCUUAAGUCAGGAGGAUCAGAACGAGGUGAGGCAACAAAUGGUGCUGCUCAACGAACGUUGGGAGACUUUGAGACUGCGAGCUCUGGAUGUCCAAGCCAAGAUCCUAAUGCGUUUGGCUGAGUUUCAGAAGCAAAAACUCGAACAGCUUCGACAGUUUCUUACCAGCGUUGAGGAUCGCAUUUCCCACAUGAGCGAUAUAGGACCAACACUAGGAGAAGCUGAAAAGCAACUGCUUGAGGCUCGCAAACUCAAGGCCGACUUAAGUGAACAGCAAGAACUGGUGGAUAGUUUGAGUAGUAUGGUGGUUAUUGUAAACGACACCUCUGGCAACUUCAAUGAUCUAGAAGAUCGUUUGAGUGCUCUGGGAGAAAGAUGGUCGCAUGUUGUGAAGUGGAGCGAUCUGCGAACCGAGAAACUGCAGCAGUAUAAGUGUAUCUCCAGGUGGUUGGAUGCCCGCGAGCAAGAUCUCAAGCUGAUGGAGAGCAGAGAUGUGACAGACGUGGGUGGUAUUACCCAGCGUAUUAACGAGCUAAACUACUGUGCCAAGGAUCUGCUCGAGCUACAGAGAUAUCUGAUAGAUCUGCGACAAAUGGUGGCUGCCACAUUGCAGGAUGGCGAUGAUAAGGGCGAACGGGUUCUGAUCCAGCUGGAGAGCUACGAAGAUCGCCUGGAUGCAUUGAAACAGAUCGUUGAAGUGCAAACGGUACGCAUCGAAACCAAGGGCUUUAAUUUCGGACGAGAUCGUGCCAGUUACGAUGAUAGUCGCGUGGUGCGACCUGAAGGCUGGGUGGAUUACCAGAUGAUCAUUCGUUUUGGUGAGGAGGAGGAGGCUCCCGAAGAUGAAGAGGAACACGAUUUGGCCAGCAAAAAGCGAAAACUGAGAAAUGCUGACAAUUUUUAUGCCCUGGAAAAUCACAUUAUAGAACACUUUGCCUACGUCCAAGAAGUUGAGCAAAAGUUGCAGCAGUUACAAAGGCAAAGUCUGCGGCAACAGUGUGAUUUACUCAGGGAACUUCAGGCGGAAAAUACCCGACGUAGUGGUAGUUUACCGGAACUCAAGAAACUCUAUGAAGUCUGUGAGCUGGAGGAUCCUUCGAGGAACCUUCUCCUCGAGGAAACGCACAUCAAGCAGCUGGAGCAAAGAUAUGCGGUUUUGGCUCAGAAACUAGCAAGCCAACAAAGCGAAAGCCAAACGCUGUUGGCCAAGGAAAAGUAUUACAACAGCCUGACAGGAUUCAAAUUAGUCCUGGCUGAUUCCAGAGAUUGGUAUAAGCAACACGCUGGUUCAGCCAGUGGCAAGGAACUAGAGCAACGCUUGAGCCACAUGGAAUCACUGGCAUCUGAGAUUUCGGAGGCCAAAACAACCACCGAAGAAUUGGAUGAUCAGUUGCUGGAAUGGAAGCAAGAUUUCGGCCUAUUCUACGACAGUUGGCACGACAUGAAGCAGGCCUUGCAGGCGCUCAUUCAGCAAAGAGGAGGCGAGAGUCUUUCCAGGCAACUAAAACAACUUCAAGAUUUCGUGGCCAAAGUGUCCAACCAAAAGGUGCGCGUCUCCAAUCUGGAAGUCAUGCAAAAACAGCAGUAUUUGCUCAACCAAUUGGUAGAUGAACUGGAGUCCCUCCGACCAACCUAUGAUAAUAUACCAAAACACCUGAUGGGCGAAGAGCUACAAACCACUUGGAACAGACUUCCAGAGCAGCUAAAUGAGCGUGUGAUCAAGCAAACCACAGCUAUUGAAAAUCUAAACCACUUUGCAGCGGAAUACAAUGCCAUUAUAGCUGUUUUGCGGAGCGCAGCGGAUACAAAGUUGAAUGGAGCUGAAAGUGCCAGUAGUCAAGAUCUUCGGAAGCUAGAGAUCGAUGUGAUAAGUGCACGAAAUUUCAGUGAAAUCCUGAUAAAAGAGGCGGAGCCUGCCCAAAAGGAGUCCCUACAAUCGCAGAUUAGGGCACUGAACACUCUAUACGAUCAAGUGGAGCAGGUUCAUCGGGAGAAGAAGCAACAGCAGACGGCCCUCCAAUCCCAAAUAGAUCUCAUCCAGCAGAGACUCCAGAAAACUGAUCAGUGGCUUACCGAUUUGGAGAGCAAUACACCCAAAUCGGGAAUUGACGAUAUAGGUAACUCCAACGAGCUGUUCCAGAGCAAGUGUCGCUUCCAGACUCUAAAGGAAACCUGCGAAAAGGAAACCACACAGUUUAGGGAGCUCAACGAACUGGGCGGCGAGUUGCUGCUCCAAAUGGAUGAACUUCAUGAUAAGGAUAGGGAAUCGCGGUAUGGAUCGCUGGCCAAGCAAUUCACACGCAUCAAUGCCAGAUGGACGGAGGUCACCGAGCUGGUUUAUGCGAAGACAGCUCUGCUCGAGCAUAUAUCAACGCAGCUGGGGGAGUUCAAGAAGUUCAUGGUUAGCGAGACGGGUUACCUGGACAAGUUGGAGAACAAGAUACGCAACACGCCAGAGAAUGCAGCAGACGCCGAGGAGAUCAUGGAGGAACUUGAUGAUCUGGAGAACGUUCUGCGCUCGCACUCUGAGGAAUGGCUGGAGAAGAUUCAGGAAAUUGGCAACGAGCUAAUUGACAACGAAUUCAUGGCCGACUCCAUGCGCCGGGACAUCGAUGACAUCGCCCAGCGGUGGACGCAGCUCCAGCAGCAGGCCAAGAAGCGCACCGAGCUCCUGGAGCAAAAGGUCAGCGAGGCGGAGCAGUCCGAGAAGUGCAUCGUGCAAUUCGAGGCGUGGCUCACCCGGGUGGACGAGACACUCAGCGAGCAUUUGGAAAACGAUGUGACCAUCGAGGAUCUGCCGGAGGAUUUCCAGCGCUUGGCUCGAGAGUUUGUGGCCAAUGAGAAAAACUUUAAGGAGAUCAGCGAACUGAUAGAUGAGCACACGAGAAAUGGCAAAAGUGGGGCAGCCAAUCGCCUCCAAGAGCAGCUCAAUCUGAUGGAGUUGAGGUUCAAGGCUUGCCAGGCAAAGCUAAGCAAGUGCACCGCUCCACAACCCGCCUACGAGUCCCGCUUAAAUCGGGCCUAUGGUGACCUGCGGAAUGUGGAGCGAUCCACCCUGGUUCUAGAUGUCGCAUCUGCCGGACCGAAUACUGUUCAGGCCCAAUAUCAAAAGUGUCUGCAAAUUUAUCGCACACUGUCGGAGAUAAAGGCGGAAAUCGAGAGCACUAUCAAAACCGGUCGCAGGGUUUGCGAGGACAGGUACACAAAAUCGCCAAAGCAGCUGAGCCAGCGGAUUGAUGCGUUGAAGCACCUGUACAAUGCCCUCGGAGAGAAUGUGACCCAGUCGAAGGCGUUCCUGGAGAGUCUGCUCACAUUAGCGAGGCAGUUGGAGGAGUGUUUCGACUCGGCGGAUACCCUGAUUCGACGCUUUGAGUCGCCACAGGAGGUGCACGAUAGGAACUCCAUACUCCUGGAGUUCGAGGAUGUGCUGCGACGGUGCGAGGACCAGUACAACGAGUACAGCAAGUCCUGUGACCAAAGUUGCAUGGUCGAGACGCGGCAGAGAAUCGAUGGCUUAAAAGCCACUUACCACAAACUGACCAGUGCUGACAUCAUCAAGCGUCUCACCGAAAUGAAGGCCACCCUGCAAAAUCUAGACAACAUUUCCCUGGAAACUCUCAAGGCAAUGGAGCAUGACCUGAAGGAGAUAAAUGUGCCCUCGAAUCCGGAAAUUGAGAAAUUGCAGCAGCAAGUAAUUGCAAUUGUCGUGGAUGUGUUGAAAACGCGAUUCAAUGAAGCCACAACGCUUGCCGCGCGAAAUACGAGCUUACCGCCGAAUGACGACACGGAAAUAGUUGUUGUCAGCGAUACGGUGCGACAACGUCGUGCCAGGACACCCCAGUCAGGGGAGUCCCCCUCAUCCAGCAACACCAGUACCUCGGAGUCUCCCACCAAAGGUGUGGAUAACUCCACGGAGGCUGUUGGCGGAGACCAAGUAUUGCCGGAUCUGCUGCCACCCCAAACAUUCCGUCUGGCCGAGUCUAGUAAUCUGUUCUCACAGAUUUCCCUUAAUCCCGACAAAUUAUCCAAAACUCCACCACCCAAACCGGCGAAAAGCAAACGAAAGGCCCCCAGUUCGCCCGCCCAAGUUGUGGAGAUUAAGGUGAAAAAUAUCCAAAACGACAAGAUGUCGGUGCAAAACAUCGACUUCGAGCCGCAGCAGGGUGAAAUCGUGGACACCGUCAAUAUCCUGGAGAGUGUGGAACCAUUUGUACCCGAAUAUGUGGAGACGGUACAGAUCGUAGAUCUUUCGGAGGAUUCCGAUUCUUCGGUUAGGGUUGAUAGCCAGGGCAAAGAAGUGCGACGGACGAAGAGCAAGCACUCCUUGAGCGAUUCGCCACUGCCCAAGGUCUCGGAUAAUGAUGAAGAUUCGGCGGAACAGGACGAGGAUAUACUGCGUCCUUCAACAGAAAAUACGAGCACCCCCUUCUUGAGAGUAGAGAAACAUCGAAUCUCCUUCGAUGAGAAACGCAAACGCGUGGCCAAUGAGCGGGAUAUCCUGCGUGAUUCCGAGGAAGAGGAACCCAAAACACCGGAUAGUCCGCGAACAACUCAAGUCCCCAAACCGAAACGAUGGCGCCAACUCCAGCCGGAAUUGGAGGCCCUGGAACCCGAAUCACCCGGUCGCGAUAGUUUCUAUAGUCCCGACAAAGAAUCCGGUUUCGAUGCUGAGCCUCUCGUAUUUUCCGACGACGAGGAUAUACCGCGUUUCUCGCUGGAAAUGACACCAACCAUUGACUCCGAUAGUGAUACGAGUCGCAUUGAGACGCCCUCGACAAAAAAGCCAAACCCCUUCUUGAGCAAAGUCCUCGACUCAAUGCCUUCUCCUUCGGAUGAUUCAAACGUAACGCUCAAGAGUCCGCUAAGUGAACAGCAACCACAGAAUCUGGAUGAUCGUGUCCGGGAGUUCGAUAAGCAGGCCAAGCAGAUGAUCUACAAAUUGAAACUGACGAAAGCCAAGAUCGAACAGUGUCACGAAAGCGAAGCGGAGGAUCUCCGGCUGCUAAUAGCUCCAGAUGCAGCUACUUUAAUAUCCCAGGGAGACUCUUUGGUACUGGAAACCCAUGGAAAGCAGGGUAGUAUAUCUCGUCUGGUGAUGCGCACUCAGAUUAUAUUGCGAGAACAGUUUCGGGAAGUACAGCAAGCCAGAUCCAAGACAUCGGGAAGUGGGGCACCAGCUCCUCCCUUGGACAGCGUGAAUAUCGAGGAACUCGUCACCAAGGGCCUGCGUCGCAUUAAUGUUCUGAUAGAAAAGAACGUCGAUCUGAAGUCGAGCAGUGAUCUUGAGAAGCGCAUGGAGGAUAUUAAUGAGCGGCACGACGAUUUACAGGUAAUUGUCAGCGCCAUUGGCAAAAACGCUCAGAUGCCGAAGGUCACGCCCCUCAUGAUGAACGAAAUUGAAAAGACCAAAAACAAUUUGAUAGCUCAUGCGGAUUCCAUUGAGCUCUCGUUGACGGAACUGAGAAAUGGCCCCCGAAUUUCCAAUGGCAAGGAGCGAGCAGAUGCGUCCAGUGGCGCCACCAUCAGCUGUCGGUCGGAAUACAAUAACGAGCCAAGCGGGACUGGAGCAUUGGCCGGCAGCUUCGAUAAGUCGGUGCUGCAAAUUUCCGACUGGCUGACUUGGGAACAAAACAUGAUCAAGAUACAGAGCGUGCUCGUCGACGAUGGCGAUGCAGUGCGACUGGCCAUCGAGAAGCAGGAGAAAGUACUGCGUGAAUUGAAAAUGAAAAAGCCACAGCUCAACGAAUUGGUUCACACAGCGGAAGUGCUCAAAGGCGAUGUAAAACGACAGCAAUUGCAGGAGAAAGAGCUGAAACAGUUUUCCCUAGCACCGCACUGUUCAGCGGACUUAGAUUAUAUGCGUUGCUGUCUGAAAGUGACCCGUUUGCGUGAGCAUUGGGAUGAGACGUCGCAAUGUGUCCUGCAGCGAGCUGCCCAACUUAAAAACAUGCUGAGCGACUCACAGCGGUUCGAGGCCAAGCGUUUGGAGCUCGAGAAGUGGCUGGCCCGCAUGGAGCAGAGAGCCGAACGCAUGGGAACGAUUGCCACCACAGCCGACAUCCUGGAGGCCCAGCAAAAGGAGCAGAAGUCCUUCCAUGCGGAGUUGCACCAGAAUAAGCAACAUUUUGACAUCUUCAACGAGUUGACACAGAAACUGAUUGCUGUCUAUCCGAACGAUGAUACCACCAGGAUAAAGAAGAUGACGGAAGUUAUUAAUCAACGCUAUGCUAAUUUAAACAAUGGAGUCAUAAAUCGUGGCAAACAACUGCAUGCGGCUGUGCAUAGUCUUCAAUCGUUUGAUCGGGCAAUGGAUCAGUUCCUUGCUUUUCUCUCGGAAACGGAAACACUUUGUGAAAACGCUGAGUCUGACAUUGAACGCAAUCCAUUAAUGUUCAAGGACCUCCAAUCGGAAAUUGAAACCCAUCGCGUGGUUUACGAUCGUCUCGAUGGAACAGGCCGCAAACUUUUGGGUUCGCUCACCUCACAAGAGGAUGCGGUUAUGCUGCAGCGUCGCCUCGAUGAAAUGAAUCAACGUUGGAAUAAUUUAAAAUCGAAAAGUAUUGCAAUCAGGAAUCGCCUGGAGUCCAAUUCCGAGCACUGGAACGCCUUGCUCCUGUCGCUUCGCGAACUGACCGAGUGGGUUAUCCGCAAGGACACCGAACUGAGCACUUUGGGCCUGGGUCCCGUUCGAGGCGAUGCCGCUAGUCUGCAGAAACAGUUGGACGAUCAUAAAGCCUUUCGACGCCAAUUGGAGGAUAAGCGGCCAAUCGUCGAGAGCAAUUUAACGAGCGGUCGUCAGUACAUCGCCAACGAAGCAGCCGUCUCGGAUACCAGCGAUACAGAGGCCAACCAUGAUUCCGACUCGCGUUACAUGUCCGCCGAGGAGCAGAGCCGUGAGCUAACACGCAGCAUCCGGCGGGAGGUGGGAAAACUUUCCGAGCAGUGGAACAAUCUAAUCGAUAGAUCUGACAAUUGGAAGCAUCGCCUGGAUGAGUACAUGACGAAAAUGCGUCAAUUCCAGAAGAUCCUGGAGGAUCUGAGCUCCCGCGUUGCCCUGGCCGAGCAGACAAAGACCGCCUGGCUGCCGCCCUCCUCCGUGGGCGAGGCCAACGAGCAGAUGCAGCAGUUGCAGCGGCUAAGGGACAAGAUGACCACGGCCAGUGCGCUCCUGGAUGAUUGCAACGAGCAGCAGUCCUUCUUCACCGCCAACCAGGUGCUGGUGCCCACACCCUGCCUCUCCAAGCUGGAGGAUUUGAAUACGCGCAUGAAGCUCCUGCAAAUCGCGAUGGAUGAGCGCCAAAAGGUCCUGUGCCAGGCUGGUGCCCAGCAGACGCACGAGAACGGCGACGACGGACGCACCACAUCGAACAGCGGCACAAUCGGACCCCUGCCCAAUCUCGGUCAGAGCGUCAAGCCGCCCUGGGAACGGGCCACCACUGCCGCCAAUGUGCCUUAUUACAUCGACCAUGAACGCGAGACCACGCACUGGGACCAUCCCGAGAUGAUUGAGCUGAUGAAGGGCCUGGCUGAUCUCAACGAGAUUCGCUUCUCCGCCUACAGAACGGCCAUGAAACUGCGAUCAGUGCAAAAGCGAUUGGCUCUCGACAGGAUCAGCAUGUCCACCGCCUGCGAGUCCUUCGAUCGACAUGGCCUGCGUGCCCAAAACGACAAGCUGAUCGACAUACCCGACAUGACCACGGUGCUGCAUUCGCUCUACGUGACAAUCGAUAAAAUUGAUUUGACGCUAAUGCUGGACCUGGCCAUCAACUGGAUCCUAAAUGUCUACGACUCGCAGCGCACCGGCCAGAUACGGGUGCUAAGCUUCAAGGUCGGCCUGGUGCUCCUCUGCAAGGGCCACCUGGAGGAGAAGUAUCGCUACCUGUUCCGCCUGGUUGCAGACAGUGACCGACGGGCGGACCAGAGGCGACUGGGACUGCUCUUGCACGAUUGUAUACAGGUGCCCCGCCAACUGGGUGAAGUGGCCGCCUUCGGGGGCUCCAACAUUGAGCCAUCUGUGAGGUCCUGCCUGGAGCAGGCUGGCAUCUCGCAGGAGGCCAUCGACGGCAACCAGGACAUAUCCAUCGAGCUGCAGCACUUCCUCGGCUGGCUGCAGCACGAGCCGCAGAGUCUCGUGUGGCUGCCAGUGCUCCAUCGACUGGCGGCGGCUGAAGCGGCCAAGCAUCAGGCCAAGUGCAACAUCUGCAAGGAGUACCCGAUCGUGGGCUUCCGCUACAGGUGCCUCAAGUGCUUCAACUUCGACAUGUGCCAAAAGUGUUUCUUCUUCGGCCGCAAUGCCAAGAACCACAAGCUCACGCAUCCCAUGCACGAGUACUGCACCACUACCACUUCCACCGAGGACGUUCGUGACUUUACACGCGCCCUGAAGAACAAAUUCAAGAGUCGCAAAUACUUUAAGAAGCAUCCACGCGUCGGUUACCUACCCGUACAGAGUGUCCUGGAGGGUGAUGCCCUGGAGAGUCCGGCGCCCAGUCCGCAGCACACAACACACCAGCUGCAGAACGACAUGCACUCGCGACUGGAGAUGUACGCCUCGCGGCUGGCGCAGGUGGAGUACGGGGGAACGGGCUCGAACUCCACGCCGGACAGUGAUGACGAGCACCAGCUGAUCGCUCAGUAUUGCCAGGCGCUGCCCGGAACCAGCAACGGCAGUGCGCCCAAGUCGCCGGUCCAGGUGAUGGCCGCCAUGGACGCCGAGCAGCGGGAGGAGCUGGAGGCGAUCAUCCGCGAUCUCGAGGAGGAGAACGCCAACCUGCAGGCGGAGUACCAGCAGCUGUGCAGCAAGCAGCAGAGUGGAACGCCCGAGGAUGCCAACGGCAUGCAGCACUCCAGCUCCAGCAUGACGGGUCUCUCUGGCCAGGGCGAGCAGGGACAGGACAUGAUGGCGGAGGCCAAGUUGCUGCGCCAGCACAAGGGACGCCUGGAGGCGCGCAUGCAAAUCCUGGAGGAUCACAAUCGACAGCUGGAGGCCCAGCUGCAACGUCUGCGCCAACUCCUGGACGAACCCAAUGGCGGUGGCAGCAGCGCCACCAGCAGCGGUCUGCCCAGCGCCCCCGGCUCCGCCUUGAACUCCAAACCGAACACCCUGCAGACCCGCUCGGUGACCGCCUCGCAAUUGAACACAGACUCGCCGGCCAAGAUGAACCAGCAGAAUGGCCACUACGAGCACAACUCAAAGGGAAUUAUGCUGCCGGGAAUGAACAGUGAGAUGCAGCAACAGCAUGCCCAGCUGGCCAGUCUGGCGGCCAAGCAUCACCAGCACCAGCUCAGCGGAGCCCUGAAUGCAUUGCAUCAACAGCAGCAGCAGCAACAACAGUUGCAGCAACAACAUCCGCAGCAGCAACAGCAGAGGGGUCUGAUGACGGGCAAUGGCGGCCUGGACAUGUCCGGCGGCAUGCAGACAUCAGUCGGAUAUCUGGGCGACGACGGACGCCCGCCACCGCCCCCGCACUCCAGUCUCAUGCAACAGCAACAGCAGCAUCAGCAGCAGCAGCAUCAUCAGCAGCACUUGAAUGAGAACUCUAGUGGCCUGGUGACCGUCAUUACCGAGCAGGAAAUGGAGAGCAUCAACGAUGAUUUGGACGAGACGUCGAGCAGCAACACUACGAACACAACGACGACGACGACGACCACAGCUACUACGGAGAAAACAUGCGUGGAGCUGCAAAAAUAACACCUUCGAUACUUAACUGCAAGGCAUUAAACUAAAGCAAAACAAAAAAACAGUAUAAGAAUCCAAAAGAAUUAGCUGCAAGUGAGGAAAUCCAAUUGGCUGGCCUGCAACAUAUUCUAAAUAAUCAUACCCAAACACCUAAACAUAGAUCCAUAUAACUAUUGUGGUACAUAUAUUUAUACAUUAUUGCAUACGAAGAAUCGGAUGUAGGAGGAUUUGAAGAAGAGCUUGCAGCGGGCUGAUAACACUUUUUUAGUAGUUAUGAAAGAUACAAAUCUAUAUAUAUUAUAUAAAAAUAUCGAAGCAUAAGUAAGUGAAACAUAUUGAAAGCUGGAAAUAAUGCAGAAAUGAUUUAAAGAUUAGAUAAGCCGUAACUCCCACACAUACAUAUAUACCUACGAUAUAAUAAUGAACACACCUAUAUCAUAAUUGAAACAUAAUCAUAAUUUGCUAGAACAUGCAAACUUGUUAUUACUUGCACAUUUUUCAAAAAACUGAGAAGGAAAACAAAUUUCAAAGAUAACAAUGCGAACCCGUUUUGGGUUAGCUCUCAUAUCAUUUCGAAGCUUAUACAAUAAGCGUUUUAAAUGUAAAUGUGGAAACAUGCAAUCAGUUUUAAUUUGUAUUCUUAUUUAUUCCGAGUUCUUGUGUAUUAUUUCUUAAUAUUAUUUAAUAUUAAUAUCUGUGCUAACUGAAAGUGUGCUGCAAUGUUUUUAAUUAAAGAACUAUUAUUGAA